AGUCUUCGAGGCGACCUUAUACAGUGGAAUAUAAUUUCAAGAAAGUACUAUUGGAAACAUGGAGGGGAAAGCUGAGUGAGGGAAAGUCAGCUCGAAGAUAGGGGCAGGAUAACACGUGAAAGGCAAUAGGUGAACGUGUGUGGUUGAUGGGCAGAUGGUUGGACAGAUGAACAAAAAAGGCAUGAGAUAACAGCGAAAUGUGAAAAUGGUCUAAAUUAUUCUGAUAAAUAAUGAAUGAAUGCCUUUAUUUGCCAUUGUCAGCACUGUAUACAACAAUUAUUAUUGCCACUUCAUUGGUGCAUAAUAUACAAACAUAAAAACACAGGACACAAUUUUAAAACAAUGUUAUAAAACUAGGUAUCGAGAUAAAUAAAGAAUCAGUAUUGCACGUGGAGGUUUGUAGCAGCAUGGAAAAGUGCAGCAUGAAUAAAUACUCAGUGUUUUUUUCAUAUUGAGUGUGUAGAUUGCUUUGGGGAAAAAACUGUAUCUGAGUCUGUAGGUCCGUGUUUUGGCUGACCUGUAACGCCUGCCAGAGGGCAACAGUUCAAAAAGGUGAUGUGUGGAGUCUUUGAUGAUGUAGGUGGCUCUGCUGAGGUAGCGUGAGGUGGCAAUGUCCUCCAGAGAGGGCAGUGGGCAGCCGGUGAUUCUCUCUGCUGUUUUUACCACUCUCUGGAGCGAUUUCUUGUAUGCAGCAGAGCAGCCUGCAUACCACACUGACAUGCAAUAUGUCAGUAGACUCUCAAUGGUCGCUCUCAAUGUUUCCAAUGGUUGGACAAAACGGUCAUACAGAGACAUCGGAUUGCUUUUGGUCUCAUUGUGUUGUAUCGGCCCAGAGUCCAGUUCAAUCGCCCCCCACCCCAGACAGGACACGCGGUCUCCCGUAAACGUUCCUUCCUCUUCAGUAAAUUUAAUUCUAAACGGCUUCCAAGUGACAUCUUUGCAGGAAGCAAGUAUCCGCAGUAACAGCAAAACAUUCCGUGAUGCAACAAUCUGUGUUCAAAAUGAGUUCUAAACAGUGUCUUGUCAUUGAGACAUUUCUGUCUGUAGAUGUUGACGCGAUCAACAAAUGCAGACAAGGUCAGCGUGGAGGGAAAAGUGACCGCACGCUUGUACCGAUUGCACCGGGCCGGUCAGGCUAAGCUGGCCUUUUAAUGGUGGAAUCGGUUCCUAUUGUGGUCGGAUAAUUUUGAUUGCAAGCAUUGUCAAAUCUGAUAGGCCGGCGAACAUCUUGAGUUCAAGUCCUUGUGGCCGCCGGGGCUCCAGUGUGCAUGAUGGACUCAACACAUGAUGCAGUGGACAAUUCAGAAGAAGAGUGGAUUGACGUGCUAGGGAAUGGGUUGCUGAAGAAGAAGAUUCUAAAAGGUGGCGACGCGCAGCUCGAGAGGCCGGGAAACGGGCAGAAUGUCAUAAUCUGGGUGAAGAUCAUGCAGGAAAACGGAGAUGUCAUUCUGGGCCGGCAGAAGCUUUCAUUUACUAUCAAUGGAAGGGAUGUCAUUAAGGCUCUGGAGAUAUGUGUGCCCCUGAUGUACUUACAUGAAACAGCUCUGAUUCUCACAGACUCCAAGUUUUGUUCCGGAAGAGCAUCCAGUGAAGCCUCAGAAGUGAAACCAGGGGGCAGAGUUCUCCUCGAAGUCGAGCUGUUGUCAGUCAGUGGAACUCGCCUGGAGGUUAAACCGAAAGUGGAACAGUUGCAAUUAAUUAGGGACGAGCGGGAGAAAGGCAACCGAUACUUCCAGAGUAAGAAUUAUAAACUGGCGAUCCCCUGCUACACCAGUGCUUUGACAAUGAUAGAUGCCAACACCAAAGAUGUCCUCAACCAUGAAGACGAGAAAAGUCUUCUUGAUGAAAAAGUGAAAUGCUACAGCAAUAACGCAGCCUGCCACCUGAACAUGGGAAACAUGGAGGAGGCUUUUACCUGCUGUGAUAUUGUCUUGCAGCACCAACCCCAGCACUGCAAAGCCCUGUUCAGGAAGGGCAAGGUUCUUGAGCUGCAGGAGAAGUAUUUUCUCUCAAUCAAAUUUCUCAGAAAAGCUUUACAAGUGGAACCUGCAAACCAGGAAAUUGAGAGGGAAAUGAAACUUGUGUUUGACAAGUGGGCAGAAAAAUCAGAAGGUACCAGCAAUGCUAAAACAGUGAAUGAGUGCCCCCUGUUCUUGGCUGAUGAUUGUAAGAUUAAACAAACAAAGAACCAUUCAGAAAUGCCAGAAGAAUGCCAAAGGAUUUAACAGAUGUUGAACCUCUCUAAGAUUGAUUUAGAUUCUCAGAAUAUAUGCCAGAUGCACACAUCAGGAGAUAUAUCUAUUCCCCCAAAACGGGUUUUUGGGUCCAGACUAUUUCAGAAAACAUCCGAGACCAGAAAUUACUGUUGAUUCAAUUAAUGCAUUAAGACAUGUGAUCUUUGUAUAUUACGCCUUCGUCCACUCCAAGUUUAAUUUUAACCAGCUUAAAAUAAAUGGAUGUAUGUCCCAAUUACAACAAUGGACAAAUGAAUGCCAUGCAGAUGCACUGUCUGUCACCCAAGAUGCCAUCAAUAAUAUCCAUCAUAAUUUGCAGAGGAAAAAACAUGGUUAAGUCAAUAAAUUGAUCAUAUUAUGAUAUAUGCUACUGACAUUCAAUUGAAAUGGGUGAAUUUGGAAAAAGACACAAGAAGGAAAAUGGAAUUCUGCGUUUUUUAUUAUAAACUAGGCGACGAAGAUGGGCACAAAUAAAUAUUUUCCUCCAAAAGUACUGCUAACAAACCAUUAUUCCACUAACACGUAAAAGGUUCCAAGUAAUGUGAUAAAACGAUUAAGAUGCAGCAUUGUCGGUAUGGUCCUAAUGAAGCAGAUCUCUCCGUCCUUUUACCUUACCCGAGGAUGCCCUAGUGUCCAGAAUUGCGAGAAGGCAUUAGGUUGUGUGGUACU